AUGACCGAAUCACCUUCGACCAAUCAAACAUCACUCCAAGUCGAAUUGGCGCCUGUAGUAGCCUCAGCGAGAUACAAAAUAAUACCAACCAUUCUCUAAUUAUGUCUACUCAACCGCGGUAUCACUUCGUGGGCUUUCGCGAUGCAUCGGACGGUAAAGUUAAGCUUCAAUGAGUCAAAAUAACCAGAAGUGACCAUUAUAAUGAUAUUCUGGUUCUGGGAAUAGAGUCGGUCAAGCUGCUGGUCAUUUUUAUCAGUCAGUUGUUGUGCGAUGUUCCGGUAAGAGAGAACCCAUUCAUUAUUAUAUAUGGGGCAGCGGCACAGCUAAUUCACGGACAUAUCUGGAUAUUAAAUAGGGCCUAUAUUAAGUUGUCUAACUCUAUCUUCUUAACAAAUUUGUUUAUAUACAGCGCUAUGGAUCACUUUUGAAAUGAUUCCAACAUUUUGAGUGUCACCAUAAUAGUUGUGAACAUAGAAUACAUCUACUUAACUGCGUGUUUAUCUACCAGCAUUAUUUUUGUACUUAGAACCCCGCUUAGAACCCUGGAAUAGGAACUUACGGAGAAAUAUCAAAACACUGCAUGUCAUUGCUCAUACUUUACUGUUAUCCAACCAUUGGAGAGUCAACAACUGUGUUAUGGUGUGAGAACAGUCUGCUCCAAAUCCCAGGUAUAGGAGUUUUGGAAUUCCUACAUAUCCGGUUGACUGGGUUUACAGAAGAGAGCAACUAUUUUCUAUAGUACAACGACCAGCUCAAACAAUAUUUAAAGUUCAGACAGGCUGUAUACCGUGUACGUGGUGUAUUGGAGUGAAUCCUGUUUAAUGUAGCAGUACUGCACCAGAAACAUUUAAGUUCAAUAUUCAUGCUGGAGAUAUUUGCAGUGUAAUUGAGCUACGGGAGUUCUAUGGUCUGUUAGCAGGAGUUUAAUCACGCUGUGAUAUAUUAUAAUAUAUAUAUAUUGUGUAAACAUCUGGUGCAAACAUCGAGAAACAACUUCUUGGUACAACGAAGCUAGAAAAGCUGUUUUGAUAUUAUCAUCAAGGAAAUGCUAGUCAGAAAUCAAAAGGGAAAUUGAAUCGCUGAUCUUCCCUUUUUUUGUCUAAAUGAAUCAAAGCCAUACCAUUGCUUCUUGUAGCGAGGGACACUGAAUUAUGAUCAGGUUGACGACGAUGGAAUAUGUUUAGCUUUCACGUUGAUAAACAUUGGAAUUUCGAAUCUCCCUACUGAUUGGGAUAUAUUAGCUUAUGUAGAGCGCAUCCAGGUGUCAGUGGGAGAGAGGUUUUCUUCAUUUUGUCAAGUGAUUUUUUUUUGUGAUAAUCCUUGAAAAUAGGAAUCCUCUGUCAAAAAGAUGAUAUAGUCUAGCUUUACUUACUGAUUGAUUGUGACGCCGCCCCCCCCCCCCCCCAUUCCACCGAGAAUAAACAGAGUACAGUAUACCUCUAUGCGGAUUUUAACGUUUAUCCGACAUUAUAAUGAGCUUCGAUUAAUGCAGUCAUCAUCCUCAUUUUCUAAAUGGGAUUUUGUCAUGCCUUUCCGCAAUUUCGCUAAUAAGAAUUGAGGACUGUGAUUUACUCAUUGAGUUAAUGAACUUCGACAGUCUAGCUAUUGGUAAAGCGAUUUAUUCUUAGCUGCUCAUAUAGGAAGGAAAAGACUAAGAUUUAUGGUAACAGUGAGGAGGAUAUUCAUCCCAUUCAUUUGAUAAGUCGAUUGGAUUUAUGAACCAUUAUUGAUCGAAAGACAAUCGACAUGGAAGCUAACAAGGAUAUCAAAUGUGUGAUCGUUGGAGAUGGAUUCGUUGGUAAAACAUGUCUGCUGAUUUCUUUCACUACCAAUCGUUUUCCAGGGGAAUAUGCUCCAACUGUAUUCGAUCAUUAUGCAAUGAAGACUGUGGUAGAUGAAACUCGGGUAUCAUUGAGUCUAUGGGAUACAGCGGGACAGGAUACCUAUGCACAGGUCAGACCACUAUCAUAUGCAAAUGCGGACGUAUUUUUGGUCUGUUUUUCAACGGUGAACAUGGACUCACGUGACAAUGUCUCAUUGAAAUGGGUACCUGAGGUUCGUCAACACCAGCCAAACACACCAAUCAUCAUCGUCGGUACAAAGAUUGAUCUUAGAGAUGACAGGGAGACGAUAGAUGCCCUUCAGAAACAGAAACAUAAACCAGUCACGUUUGAGGAGGGUGUUCAGAUUUCCAAAAGCGUGAUGGCUUUGGCUUACACGGAGUGCUCAGCCAAAAAUCAAGAUGGCGUCAUCGAGGUAUUCAACCAGGCAGUCAGGGCGUCACUCAAUCCAAACAUAUUUAAGAAAAAGAAAAAGAGAUGUACUUUACUCUAAUGAUAUUGGUUGUAUCAUGUAGUUAGAUGAAAUAAUUUUUGUACAUAUUUGUUACUUAAAAUGCAAUGAUAUAUGAAAUAUAUUUAUUCGUCAGUGUAAUCUUCUAAUAAUGCAUACUUUAUUGUACCUUAGUUUGUAUCGUUACUGAGUGUUGGGAAUAAAGGUCUUUGAAGUGAAGUUUUGAUUUAUGUGAACUCAUGGGACCUUUUCUUUUUCACCCCCCCCCCCCCCCCCCUCCUUACCGAAACUUUUUUCUAUGUCUGCUGGUUGAUUCUUACAAAAGCUAAGGAGAUGAGCAAUUUACUCAAUGGUGCAUAAAUCACUGUUAAACUAAUAUUGUUCUAGCAUUUUAAAAAAAAUAGUUUUUAGACAUGGGUUCCAUUUUGUAAUAUCUUCGUUAUCUAUCAUGUCUAUGAAGACUUUUUACUUAAUAUUGCAUAAUUACAUUGAAUCUAAUUGAAAUCAAGUGAUGAUAAAGAAAAUCGACCAAAUGCAAAAGGAAUGUGAUGAUAACAAUGUAUGUGUCACUAAUUCGAAAUUAACCAGUUUGUUUUCCAAUAUAUUUCAUUUGUUCCUGCUAAACGCAUUUCUACUAAGAAGGUAGUCAGGUGACAUAUGAAAAUAUUACAGUCACAAAUAUUGCGAGUACAAGCCAGAGUUUUGGCAAAGAGCAACGAGUCUUACAAACCUAAAUUGCCAACUAUCAUAGCAUAAUAGGGUUUUUGCCAAUUAAAACAUGAUUCUGGUGACUGGUAUAAAGGAUUUUAUGUCAUUCUUUUUCCUCAUGCUCUUCACAAUUUGCAGUAUACUUGGCCUUUCCUUGAAAAAAAAAGGAAACCUGAAUUCCCAACUAUCAAAGAGAUGCAUUUAUUUUUGGCUAAUUGGAACACCUUUCUGCUGCCUGGUAGAAAGAAUUUUUGUAUGAUUAUUUUUCUUCAUGUUAUUCACAAUUUGCAGUAGAGUAGUGGGCCUUUUCUUGAAAAGAAAAUUUGACAUUUCAUGUUUUACAUUUAUUCGCCUUAUUUUACAAAGUUAACUCGAGAUAUACUCUUCGUCAUUGCAAUUGAUGAAGUACGGUAAUUUUUACUUACUUUUCAGAUUAUAUCCGUUUAUGAAUCUCUCCUUCCAAGGAGCUUCCAAGAAGCUAUACAGGCCCUACAAGCACAAUGGGUGAUUGCUAGUCUGGUGUUGACUAUUGGUGUUGGUAUGUGGUUAAUUGUUGCAUCAUUACGACACUAAACUUAAAAUAAAGUUGAUCCUCUGAUAUAUCUCACUUGAUUUUGAGCUAUCAAUAAAGGGGUAUUUCAAGUUUGGUGUCAACGUGUUGGUAUCGGGCUAAUUUUUACAUAAUUGCAGCACCGAUUUUGAAAUAAAGCUGGUCCUCAAAUGGACCGCGCAUGGCUUUGAGGUUCAAGUUUGGUGUUGGUCUUUUCCCAAUUGUUUAAGUACAGAACCGAAUUUGAAAUGUCCUGGGAUGAAGUGCACUAGAUGUGAAGCUAAUUUGAAUCAUUUAUGUAAAUUCAAAUUAGAGGUUGAGCUGGAGAAGGCAAUCUAAACUGUGCUUCCAAAAACAAAACACAUAUCUUAAAAUCAUGCACCCGAUUUGUUUUCGUUUUUUUUUUCGUUGUCUUUCAUUCACCAUGAGAGCAUAUCUCUGUGAGUGUAUCUCUCUCUCUUUCCUGUAUCCUUCCUCCGUUAAAUGUCGGAGAUUGUGUAUGUUUGAAAUGCUAAUCAUUUUAUAAUACUGAUUGAUGAAUGUUUUAUCCAUUAA